AUUUGGGAUUUGACAGCGCUCAUAUGACCUCUGCUGGGCGAGGUAUAUUAUAAGAUAGGUGGUAACAGAACUUAAAAAGGAAAUUAUUGCGAGAUGAAGGGCUGCAUUUUUAACAUUGACAACGGUUAUUUGGAAGGUCUAUGCCGAGGAUUUAAGUGUGGUAUUUUGAAGCAGUCCGACUAUAUGAAUUUGGUACAAUGCGAGACAUUAGAAGAUUUGAAGCUCCAUUUGCAAAGCACAGAUUAUGGUACUUUCCUGGCGAAUGAGCCCUCGCCCUUGGCCGUGUCCACAAUUGAUAACAAAUUGCGGGAGAAGCUGGUAAUUGAGUUUCAACAUAUGAGAAAUCAAGCUGUGGAACCUUUGUCCACGUUCUUGGAUUUUAUUACAUACAGUUACAUGAUUGACAAUAUUAUAUUGCUCAUCACAGGAACUUUACAUCAAAGACCAAUUAGCGAGCUAAUCCCAAAAUGUCAUCCUCUGGGUAGCUUUGAACAAAUGGAAGCCAUCCAUGUGGCUUCAACCCCAGCUGAAUUGUACAAUGCCGUUUUGGUUGAUACUCCCCUUGCUCCAUUCUUUGUCGAUUGCAUUAGCGAACAGGAUUUGGAUGAGAUGAACAUUGAGAUCAUUCGUAACACCUUAUACAAGGCAUACUUGGAGGCUUUUUAUGAUUUUUGCAAAGAGAUUGGGGGUACUACCGCUGAAUCAAUGUGUGAAAUUUUGGCUUUUGAAGCUGAUCGUCGAGCUAUUAUAAUAACUAUCAACUCGUUUGGCACUGAAUUGAGUAAAGAUGACAGAGCCAAGUUGUAUCCUCGCUGCGGUAAAUUGCACCCUGAUGGUCUGGCAGCUUUGGCCAGAGCUGAAGAUUAUGAACAAGUUAAAGCAGUUGCCGAGUAUUAUGCUGAGUAUCAAAAGCUGUUUGAAGGUGCUGGUAAUAAUCCGGGUGAUAAAACACUUGAAGACAAGUUCUUUGAACAUGAGGUGCAUCUGAAUAUCGAUGCUUUCAUGCAACAAUUCCAUUUUGGAGUGUUCUAUUCUUACUUGAAGCUAAAGGAGCAGGAGUGCAGGAAUAUUGUAUGGAUUGCUGAAUGUGUGGCACAAAAGCACAGGGCCAAGAUUGACAAUUACAUACCGAUUUUUUAAUUUAAUUCCCUUUUCAACUGGACAGCUA